AUGCCGAGAAACUUCCGCAAGCGGGGCAUCGAGCCGGACACUGACGACCGCUCCGACGACGAGGACACUCGCCGCGUCGCCCUCGAGGAGAUCAAGUACAUGCAGAAGCUCCGGGAGAGGAAGCUGGGCAUCCCCGCCGGCCCCGCCGCCGCAUCCACUAACGGGUCCUCCGCCCGUGGUCGAGUGGGCAGCGGGGCAGCGGCCGCCGGCGAGGCUGAGAAGGAGGACCUCGUCCUCCAGGACACCUUCGCUCAGGAGACCGCCGUCACCAUCGAGGACCCCAACAUGUUGAGGUAUGUGGAGACCGAGCUGGCGAAGAAGAGGGGUAAGAUGGUUGAUGUGGGACACAAGGAAGAGAUGGACCAUGUGGACGAGCUCUACACCGUGCCAGACCACCUCAAGGUGAAGAAGAAGAACUCAGAGGAGAGCUCGACACAAUGGACCACUGGCAUUGCUGAAGUUCAGCUGCCCAUUGAGUACAAAUUAAGAAAUAUCGAAGAAACUGAGGCAGCUAAAAAGGUGCUGCAAGAGAAAAGGCUUUAUGAGUAA